GUAAUAAAUUCAAUCUUAGACAAAAUUAUUUUAAAUUUCGAUAAAUAAUAUUAAAAAGUUUUAUUUUAAUCAUGAAUGAAAAUCGUGAUUUAAAAGCCAAAACGGUGUUUUUACCUGUAAUAAGUUCUAUUCAGAAAAUAAGAAUCUACGAGACAAAAUUAACAAUUUAUCUAAUUGGUUCUAACAAUAGAGAAAACAGAUUUCGAAUUCUACAAAUUGCCAAAUCUUCAAGCUUGGAUAUCUUUGAGGAUCCGAAUGAAUAUGACACAAAAGAAAUCAGAAAAAUUAUUUCUGGAAUUAAAUUUACAAAAUCGUUAUCAGCUUAUGGCAUCAUCGGGUUCGUUAAAUUUCUAGAAGGAUACUAUUUAAUUCUGGUUACAAAAAGAAAUAAAAUAGGAUUUAUUGGUAAUCACACAAUUUAUACAAUCAAAGAUACAACAAUCUUCAAAAUCUGUAGUGAAGGUCAGAAGACAGUUAAUCCAUUAGAGACAAAAUACUUGAAAAUGUUUAUGAACGUUGAUCUUAGCUCAAACUUUUACUUCUCUUACUCUUAUGAUUUAACAAGAACUCUUCAAUAUAAUCUCUCGGUGCCUAAGUUUGUAGGAGAAAGUGUAGAUAUUGAAACGGAGGAUCCACUUAGUUGGGAAGGAUCUGAAGAAAACAGGACAUUUGCUUUUCGAAGUAUAUCAAGAAAAAAAUUUGUGUGGAAUGAGUUUCUCUUGCAUCCAAUGCAGAAAAAGGUUCUUCAUAAAGAUUGGAUGUUAGAAAUCAUUCAUGGAUUCAUUAAUCAAUCUUCCAUCAGUAUUUUUGGUCUGCAAGUCUCCGUUUGUCUUAUUGCUAGACGUUCAAAACAUUUUGCUGGUACAAGAUUUCUCAAACGUGGAGCGAAUUCAAGGGGUGAUGUUGCAAAUGCAGUGGAAACGGAACAAAUUCUAAGUGAUGGUAAACGAAUUUCGUCUUUUGUCCAAUUAAGAGGAUCAAUUCCGGCUCAUUGGUCUCAGGAUAUCAGUAAAAUGGUUCCAAAACCACCAAUUUCUCUUGAUAUCCCCGAUCCAUAUGCUGAAACCGCAGGAAGACAUUUCGAAAAACUUUUAUUCCAUCAUGGAUCACCGAUUAUAAUUCUUAACUUGGUUAAGAAAAGAGAAAAACGUAAACAUGAAAGUAUUUUAACAGAAGAAAUAACAAACAAUGUUAAAUACUUAAAUCAAUUCUUACCAGCAAACUGUAAAAUUCGUUAUUUUCACUUUGACAUGGCAAGGAAAAAUCGUACUGACAAAAAUGUGAUGGAAUCGCUAGCAGCAAUUGCUGAAACUGUAAUUCAACAAACUGGGAUGUUUUAUCAAGAUGGUAAUGACGUUCUUUAUCAAACUGGAGUAAUACGAACGAAUUGUAUUGAUUGCUUAGAUCGGACAAACACUGCACAAUUUGCUAUGGGUCGAACUGCUCUCGCUUAUCAACUACAUAAAAUGGGAUUCUUGAAAUCACCUCCAAAACUUGAAUUUGAUUCAGAUUGCGUGACAAUGCUAGAAUCUCUAUAUGAAAUACAUGGUGACACACUCGCUCUGCAAUAUGGUGGUUCACAAUUAGUUCAUCGUAUUAAAACUUAUCGUAAACCAGCCGCUUGGACUACUGCUGGCUCUGACAUUAUGCAGAACUUAUCUCGAUAUUAUUCUAAUACUUUCUCAGAUCAAGAGAAACAACAAAGUAUUAAUUUGUUUUUAGGUCAUUUUGUUCCAAAAAAAUCAACUGAAGAUAAUGAAAACUUAUGGGAAAUGACGAAUGAUUAUUUUCUUCACAAUCCUGUUGGAAUUUUCGAGAUUUUGGAAAAGCCUUUAACAGUAUUUUAUUCUGAAACUGUUCGUAAAAAUCUUCCAUAUUCUACAAGCAUAGCCAAAAAAAUUGUCAAAGAGUUAAUAAGAAUUCAUUCACUCGAUCUUGAAAUGAUCGACUUGUAUUCGAAUUAUCAUUUAACAUAUCAGCUAACGUCUUUAGAAGAAAACAUCGCGUUUCAAAUCAGUCAGUUUGCAAGAAAUUUCAUGCCAACUUAUCGCACAAAUUUCUCUCCAUUUGAACCUGGAAAAAGAGCCACAGGUCAUGCUCAAAAUUCCAUAACAUCUAUUACUAGCUCCAACAGUUCAUCAGAUGAUACCGAUAGUUCAAGCGAAGAAGAUGAUACUACACAAAGCUUUCCGUUAAAACUAACGAUAAAUAUUCAGAAUAAAGGCAUUGACAAACACUUCCGAACACUUAAUAACGCAAUUCCAUCCUGUCAAAAGGUUUAUGGCUUCGAACUUCAUAUGCCUGACAAACAGUCUAUGUUCAAAUACAAACAAUAUGUCAACAUUCAAAAGAAAUCAACUCCACAAAUUAUGGCAACAUCAUCGAUAACGAACGAAAGAAUUGCAAAGAAAAAUUCACUUAUUUUGGAUAGUCUGACCGUCUAUAAAGAUUCAUGUGAACAAAUUUCUGUACCUGAAGUUAAUGAUGAAACCAUUCGAAAGUAUAAAAACUAUUGUAACUUAAUGGUUAACAUACAUUAUAACGACAAUUAUUCAAGUAAAAGUACCAUUGAGGAAUAUGUAAACUUUGGUCUGUAAAAAUAGUAAAAAUAUUUUAUCCAAUUUUUCUUGCUUUCUAAAACUGAAAUUGAAAUAAAUAGUUACACAAAAGUA